ACACGCUUCUAUUUUGUGGACACCGGUUGCCACGCGGUUUGGCGCCACGUGAUUUGCCGCGUGCGCAAGCAAGCCUUCUUAUUUUGAAAUAUCGUGCGAUUGUUGUGCUUAUCUUUUAAUUUACGAUUAAUUUUACAGUCUACGCGUGUUAUAAACUUUAUAAGAGACUUGUUUUGUUUACCAUAGAGAUGAACAUCCUUGAAGGUGAAGGACGGGCAUGAUUAGUGAUUAGUGAUAAGUGAUAAUGACGUGACGAUAACUUAUCAAUAUGAGAGCUGCGUUAAUACUCGUGUUUGGCUUCCUGUUUUGCCCGAAACCAUCAUGUUCCAACUUGGAUAAUUUAGCGUUAUUGGCCGGUACGUUGAAGACCAUGCAGCGAGCGGCUUGCGACGACGAGAUGGUGUCCCUUGCCUGUCCACGGGGCACAUCAAUUAGCAUCCAAGUGGCGCAGUAUGGGAAGGCAGCGCCGGAUGCUCGUACAUGUGUUGCCGAAAAACCACAAGACACCACGGAUAUUAGCGAAAAGUGCUUGUGGCCGAAUGCUAUGCAGUACUCGCUGCUGCAAACAGUUGUGGAAGCGUGUCAGAAGAAACCGGCCUGCAAAUUUAGCACAAAAUCAAAACCAGGCUCCGUUGACCCUUGUCCGCAUGCGAGGAAGUUCGUCGAAGUUGCAUACAAGUGUAGGCCGUAUGAGUUUCUGAGCAGAACUGGUUGUGAAGACGAUGUGAUAAAGCUGAGCUGCAACCCGUAUACCAGGGUGGCUAUAUUCGACGCCCAAUACGGCAGAACAGCAUAUGAGUCGAUAACCUGCCCGCAAACCCAGGGUGUCGUUGAAGAGAAUUGUCUAGCUCCAUACGCGGUGGAAACAGUGAUGCAAAUAUGUCACGGCAAGCGGAGAUGUCACAUCGCAGCGACCAGCAAAACCUUCGGUUCUCCUUGCAAGCCCGUUUCCCGAGCUUAUCUGAAGAUCGUAUACGCGUGUGUUCCUCUAGGUGUUUUAACUGAGAGAUAUGAAAGCACGGACGAGACAGACGAAGUCACGAAGACUCAUGAAAUAAAUAAAGACAAAGGGCUGUUUCAGGAAUCAGAUACGAGCGAUAAAUGGGAAUUGAACGCUGUAUCACCAAUCGCCGACUCAGCGCUGCAGCCGUCGGUAGAAAUUAGCAGUCACCGAGACAAGGAAAUUGCCUCGGAAAAUGUAUAUACGGGAAAUGUGAAUAAAUCAGAACGUUCGAGAGCGAACGAGAACUUCUAUUUCUAUAUCGGUAUCGCCAUCAUCAUCAUUAUAGUUUUAGUAAUUUCUUUAAUAGGAGUGCGAAUUUAUAUUAACCGUAAGAGAGAGCGCAACGCCAAAAACGGUAACAUGUUUACCACAGAGGCACCAAAUAUCUUCAACGAUGCCAUAUCAGACAUAGAUAAUGAUGGUAGUGUUAGUCAUAUCUCUGGAAACUUCUACGAUCCAGGCCAUCCAGACAUGUUGUACAGGGAUUCAACAAAAACUCUUCGACCAAUGAAGCCUUUGUCAACCGUAUACCCAACGGCUGGUGCUUGCAUGUAUGGAGUAGAUUACAUACCUCAAGUCGAAGCACUCAGGUUCGAGAAUGAUCCAGAAGUGAUGAUGAGUCCAAAGAGUUUAAGUGGUUAUACCAACACGCAAUUCCACUACGGGUGACAAAACGAUGGAGGUGACACCUCCGGGACUUAUUUUUUCUGAUUUCACACUGGUCAAGCUUUUAAAGCAAAAAGUUAAUAGGUGACUCAUCAGAUUUUGUGUUUUUAGUCCAUAGAAUAUAGUCUCAAGGGAAUUUUAAUGGUAAUUUAGAAGGAGACCAAUAGCAAUUAUAAUUCGAUGUAAAUAGAGUCGAUAUCGUGUAAAUUUUAAUGACCUGUAUUUGCUAAUUUUUAUUAUAAUUGUUUUGAUAUUAGUUAUAAGUACAGCAAUGUUUGU